GCUAAUGUGCAGUGUGUAUAUAGUUCUCCCAAAGAUUUCGGCUUUCCUCCGGGUAGAUGGUAGGCUAAUACAGUAUCUCCCGAGAAGUUGACUGGACAUAUCACAGGGCGCCGCUUCCAAAGCCGGAUUUACGUGGUUAUACUUGGACUCAAAUCGUGUGUUUUCCAGGGAAACGUCAGAGUGGCGGUGUUGGUUGCAAAGUAAAGUACGAUUUUUCAUUGAUAAAGAUUUUAAAAUCUGCAGCCGAAAAAGUGGAAACUACGGUGCUCUGUAUUAUCCACGGAUUGUACAACCGCCCGGUUUGUUUAACGGGAAUUCGCUGUCGAACAAAUACGGAUUAAUCAAGUUAAGUGCAAAAUGUUGAGUAUACAAGCCUUGUUUUGCACUUUCUCAGUGCUGGCUCUUUCAGGUGGAGCUGAUCUAAAAGCACGAAGCUGCAGUGAGGUCAGACAAGCCUACACCGCUAAAGGCUUCAGUCUCGUUAAUGUCCCUCAUCAGGAAAUCUCAGGUGAACAUCUGCGCAUCUGUCCCCAGGGAUACACCUGCUGCACCGCAGAGAUGGAAGACAAGCUGAGCCAGCAGAGCAAGCUUGAGUUUGAGAACCUAGUGGAUGAGGCCAGUCACACCUUACGGACUACCUUCGUGUCCCGGCAUAAAAAGUUUGAUGAAUUCUUCUUGGAGCUCCUGGAGAACACGGAGAAGUCGCUCAACGACAUGUUCGUACGGACAUACGGGAAGCUGUACAUGCAGAACUCGGGCGUCUUUCAGGACCUCUUCACCGAGCUCAAGCGCUACUACACGGGCGGCAACGUCAACCUGGAGGAGAUGCUCAACGACUUCUGGGCCCGUCUGCUGGAGCGCAUGUUCCAGCUCCUCAACUCACAGUACCACUUCACGGACGACUACUUGGAAUGUAUCAGCAAGUACACCGACCAGCUCAAGCCCUUUGGAGAUGUGCCCCGGAAGCUGAAGGCUCAGGUCACCCGGGCAUUUAUUGCAGCAAGGACCUUUGUGCAGGGGCUCAUGGUCGGUCGAGAGGUGGCCAACAGGGUUUCCAAGGUCACUGUAUCACCUGCUUGUAUCCGCGCUCUAACAAAGAUGCUGUACUGUCCGUACUGCCGAGGUCUACCGGCGGCAAAGCCCUGCAGGAACUACUGUCUGAACAUCAUGAAGGGCUGCCUCGCCAACCAGGCCGACCUCGACCCGGAGUGGAACCAUUUCAUCGAUGCCAUGCUGCAGGUGGCGGAGAGGCUGGAGGGACCCUUCAACAUUGAGGCCGUCAUGGAGCCGAUCGACGUCAAGAUAUCCGAGGCCAUCAUGAACAUGCAAGACAACAGCAUGCAAGUCUCAGCCAAGGUUUUCCAAGGAUGUGGCCAGCCCAAGCCUUCGGGAAUGGCCCGGUCCACCCGCGGCAUCUCGGAUGUGUUCAACGCCCGCUUCAGGCCCUACAGCCCAGAGGAGCGGCCCACCACAGCGGCUGGCACCAGCCUGGACAGACUGAGGAUGGUCUGGAGGACAAUGCAACACAGCGUGAUCGACAUUAAAGAGAAGCUUAAGCAGUCCAAGAAGUUCUGGGCCACCCUACCCGAUGGCAUAUGCUUGGAGGACAAAGUGACAGCUGGCGAGUCCAAUGAGGAACAGUGCUGGAACGGGCACAGUAAGGGCAGGUAUUUUCCUGACGUUCUGAAAGACGGUCUGACGAACCAGAUGAACAAUCCCGAGGUGGAGGUGGACAUUACCCGGCCGGACACUUUCAUCCGUCAGCAAAUCAUGGCCCUCAAAGUUAUGACCAACAAACUAAAGAAUGCCUACAAUGGCAAUGACAUCUACUUCCAAGAUUCCAGCGACGAGGGCAGCGGCUCGGGGAGUGGGAGCGGGUGCACGGAGGCCUGCGUCACCGAAUUCGACUUCGUCAGCCCGGAGGCCCCGGUGGUGGGCGCGGACAGGAGCGACGAGCGGGCGUCGGGCGGCGCCCGCCCCGGCUCCUCCCUGGCGCUGGCGGCCAUCCUCACCCUCGCGGCCCUGGCACUGCAGAGGCAAUGGAGAUAAUAUUCGGGUGGGGCGCUCACCUGGGACAGCUGAUAUCCCGCUGCUACCUUCCCAGACAGACAGGACUACAAGCUCGGCCACCCAAUGAGAAAGACUUGUACAGAAGAGUUCAGCACCUGCAGCCUGCUAACCCCUUCUUUCCCAAAGAAUGCUUGGUGACAUCACAAGCAACUUUUACAUGCCAAACUGCAUUCUCAUUAUUCCAGAACUUUGUGAAGACGCUCUCCCGGAAAACCUAGUGUUCGAGAUGUUGUUUUAAAGUUUUUUUGUUUAUACAGCAUAAGUGUUGAGAUCUUAAGGAUGCUGAAGCAAUUCCCUGGGAUCGUUUCCAUUAGGUCAAUCCUGAAACAGAAAAGGAAGAAUUUUACUUGCCACUGUGAGAAUUCAUGAAGAAGUCAUCAGUAACAACUUCAGAUGUAUGAGCGCUUACGACUAUUUACUUUUAAUAGAGGCAGUGGUCCAGAUUUAAUUUACCCACGAUGCAUUUAUUUGCUUUUUCUUUACCUUUUAGUUAAUUAAUUGAAACAAUUGUUGUUCCUUUCCAUUUUCUGCAUAACAUUUUCCUUUCAUUUCAGCAACAUUCAAGAUCAUGUCAUGAAAGGCAUUUUAUAACAAAAACACCUGCUUAAAUGGUAGAAAUUAGGACAAGAUUGUGUCUGGGCCACAUUUUAAUAAUCAGUAAAAAGCGGACUUUUUCUUAAUGAAGAGUGUUGGCCCUGUUCACAGUAACCAUGGGUUCAAUAGGCUGAGCAUGUCAUACUACAAUAUGUAUCACUUCUAGUUCUCAUAAAAAACUCCUCUUUUGGUUCCAUCUGCUUUCAAAGCAACCAUAAAUUCCUAUGACUUAUUUUUCUAAAUCAAAAGAUAAUUAUAUAUGAAUAAAUUAUAUGUUUUAGUUGUUAUACAUGUUUAAAUAAUUAAUUUGAAGUAAACGUCAGGCUAUAUCUCAUCAAGCUGUUACUAAUGACUGCAUUCUUUUCUUUCAAAUGCAGACAUUACUUUUCUACUGGUAUUGAAAAAAAUAUGCGUCCAUUCACUGAGAACAAUGUCAUAUUGUUUUGAACAGAGAAAUCAGACCCCUACUUCUUAAUUUAUACAAUUGUCAAAGAACACGAUUUCCCAUAAUGCAUUUCCAUUCACCCAAAUUUUCUCCACUGUUCUCUUUACAAGCUUAUGGCAGUGUUUCAUAUUCCUAAUCUGAAAACCUUUUCAUACAAGUAUUUUUAAAGUGGAAGUGUGCUGCUGCAUUAAAGUGGGUGUACAUCUAUAACAAAACAAAGGCAAAAUAAAUCUUCUUUUUAGUCUAGUAUUAAUCAUCUAUUUUUGUAAUCACAGAUUUUAACUAUUAUCUAUUUGCUCAGGGUUGACAUGUCUGUUAACAUGUAAGGUGUUUUGUCAACCAUUUAUUUUUAAAUUGCACUUACUGGACUUUCUUUCUUCCCCAUUUCAUAAUUUGUCCUAUUCACUUUUAAAGAGUACUAGUAUUCUAUAUCGCUCACUCAUUCUCCAGGUUCCUGGUUCACAGUGUAUUUCAUAUUUUGAAGACAUGCAUUUCAUUCUUAAUUAUGAUCCAGACAAGUGAAGAAUCGCUUACAUAUAUUUGGUCCUAUUGAUAAUCGUAAAGAUAUUGUUUACAAUCAGUGGAGGUGAUGACUGAUUAUUCAGUUUAGUGUUUUGUAGGAAAAAAAAGUAUUGCCAUGACAAAGGCAUUGAAGAAUGUAGCCACUGCACUUUGAAAUGAAUGAAGAUCUUUCUGUUAGGCCAUUGCAAGUUAAGCUCUGCUCAUUGAUUUAAAACUGAAAGUAAAUUAUUGGAGAACAUUGAGACAAACACAGCCUGGCACCUUUGUAAUAUAGACAUAUGUGCAUUCCUCAAAUUACCUCAAAAUACUGAUAAUACAGGAUGACAACAUCCAUAAAGAAAGGUUUGUCUUUCAUGUAUCGGAUAUUUUAAUCUUUGAACAUUGUUCUAUGACUAAGGCUUAUAACAGUGAUGUUGAGGAUUUCAGCAUCUUUCUCACCAGACCCUUACUUGCAUAUGAAAGUGAGCAAAUUCCCCAGUGACAAGCUUUCAGUACAUCUCUUUUCAUUAAAUUGUGGUUUCACAUCAUUGAGUAUUACUGAAAUGAGUAGACUGACGAAAGUGAGAUUUGGCUUGCUGCUCUUUACCGACAGCUGAUUUAUUUAUGUGAAAUGCAGGCUGAAUGCCUGUGAAAAAAGGAAAUAGGGGCUGCAGAAGCUGUUGUAGAAAACUGUGGUGAGGACUGGAAAUGUAAAGGGAGGGGAAAGUCACUGGUUGUGUAUGUAUGCCCCUGUAGGCUUCAUUCCCAGGGAUGCUGAAUACCAGCAACAGGAAACAGGGAAAUGACGAACUCAAGUACAUAACAUGGGGAUGAGCUGCACUGCUGGGAAUGGCCAGCAGAGGGCAGAGUACAGAGACUGUCAUGAAAUGUGUAUGGUUGUGCGGAUAAAUUCUACAAGUGAAAGACAAAAUAAAUCAGAUCUUCUUAUGAGCCCUCAACCCCCACCCCUUCAAGCUUCAACUUCAAAAAAUGUUAUAAAGUCUUAAAAAUUAAUCCCCUUUCUCUUUUCAGUAUAAUUUAUUGUUAAAGUCAUCAUAACCACAAGCUUUAGCACAUCUAUUGUGUAAGCUUGCUUUCUUGCAGAGUUAUAUUUCUCUUUUAAAGGUCAUUUGUCCACAAUCUUUGGUUGCAUGGCUGUCACAUAUAGCCUAAAUAGCAAAAAUCAAGAGGAAUAUAUAUAUAUAUAUAUAUAUAUUACAGUAAUUUGAUUUAAGCACAUUUUUACUGGAACAGCGUGUGUACAAUGUUGGGGACUACAUGAAAAUGGAAACUGCAUUCUUAAUUUUGAGCUAUACAAAAUAAUUUUAUGUAAUGAUAAUGCAAGAGGUCUUUUUUUGUCUUUUGUUUUGUCAUCGCACUUUAAAUUGGCUGUUUUUCAACACCAACGUGUCCUGUUAAGAAAUGUAAAUGUAUGUGCAUCAGCAGUCUUUAAAGCCAUGUCAAAAAACAUAUUUGUGUCCAGUUUUGGUGAAGACCUCAUCCAGCUGAAUUUUACUGUACAAAAAAGUAUGAGCAGUGCUUAUUUAGUGAAAAAAUGUUUAAAGUUACUGCUGGAAAGCACUGCUUUAAUCAUGCAAGGUUGACAUUUCACACGACAUACAAGUCGUAUAAGCAGACAAGCCUUACAACUUUUUUUAAAAACGAGUAAAAUGGUUUGCAUUUGGGUUUUCUUACUCUCUCUUGUAUACAGACAAAUAAUGGUGUGCAAAUAAACGUUUAUUAAAAAUAA